AUGCUUGUCUCAACCUCUUUGCUCCUCGGCGCUCUGCCAUUCACUCUAGCCGUAGCCCAGUAUGGCUCCCCUAAGGAUGCUCCUAGCUCCUCUGCCACACCCACUGCCACGGCAUUGGCAUCAUCAAGUACCCACACCAUCGAGGUCGGAAAGUCUGGUCUUAGCUUCGAGCCCAACACCACCACCGCAGCGGUCGGCGACACGAUCGUGUUCGAUUUCUAUCCUCAGAACCACAGCGUGACCCAGUCGUCAUUUGAAAAGCCGUGUGAGCCGCUGAGUAGCACGAGUUUCUUCAGUGGCUUCAUGGCCACAUCGUCCAAACCCGAUACGAAAACUUUUACCAUUGCGAUUGAGAACACCGACCCUAUCUGGUUCUACUGCUCGCAGAACUCGCCCGUCGAUCACUGCAAGGCGGGCAUGGUCGGGGUUAUAAACCCUCCGUGA